AAUAGACUUCAGUUAUCGUUUUGCUUAUAGCGAGUACAGUUGCCGUUUGUGUGUGUGGUAAAAAAGGCAAAAGAAAAAAAAAACUAUGACUGUUGUCACAAAGUAUUUCAAUUGUAACGUACUGACGGACGGACAAAUUCUACCCAAAGACCUGUGGGUCGAAGACGGAAGAAUUGUGGAUCCGGACAUAAUAUUUUAUGAUCUAAGAAAAUCGCCAGAUGUCGAAAUCGAUUGCCUAGGUUCUCUUGUGGCGCCCGGAUUCAUUGACUUGCAAAUAAACGGAGCUUUUGGCGUUGAUUUUACACACAGUUGCGGAGAAGGCCUAGAUAUAGUCCGGAAAGGGUUGUUACAGUAUGGCGUGACCGGAUUUUGUCCCACUAUAGUCACGACCAGCGAAUCGAGUUACCAUAAAGUGUUGCCGAAAUUAAAAAGAUGUGCAGGAGACGAGCUAGGGGCAGCAAUUCUGGGCGCCCACGUCGAAGGUCCAUUUAUCAGCGAGCACAAACUCGGCGCACACAACAUAACCAAUACAAAAACUUUGGAACAAACCAGUAUGACAGACACUUAUGGUAGUUUGGAAAACAUAAGUAUUGUUACGAUGGCUCCUGAACUAGAAGGGUCAAUGGCCGCAAUCAAGAUGCUCGCCGAAAAGGGGAUUGUCGUAUCGGUAGGACACACUUCUGCGGACAUGUACACGGGCUUAAAAGCCGUAGAAAAUGGAGCUAAAUUCAUCACUCAUUUGUUUAACGCAAUGCUUCCGUUUCAUCAUCGAGAUCCAGGAAUAGUUGGAUUAAUCGCAUCUUCGCCAAGCGACAACAGACAAAUGUAUUUUGGUCUCAUUGCCGACGGCAUCCACACACACCCCGCCGCAUUGAAGAUUGCCCACAAGAUCAAUCCUAAAGGUCUCGUGUUGGUAACGGAUGCAAUUUCAGUAGCGGGUUUGUCAGACGGAAUUCACCAUCUGGCCGACAAACAAAUAGAAUUGAAAAAUUCAAAAGCAUACAUAGCCGAUACAAACACGUUGUGCGGAAGCACGACUUCGCUCGACGAAUGUCUACGAUGUUUUAUAAACGCAACAGAUUGUAGUGUGCCCGAAGCAAUUGAAGCAGUGACCUUACACCCGGCCCAAGUGCUGGGAAUCGAAAACGUAAAAGGAACGCUCAAUUUCGGAGCUGAUGCAGAUUUUGUUCUAUUAGGAAACAACUUGAACGUUCUGUCGACGUGGAUAGGCGGACAAUGUGUUUACAAGAAUAAGAAAGGAUCUGGUUUCGUAGUCAAGAAAAACUAAUCGUCUUAGAGUUACUACACUUGUUUUAUAACAUUUAUUAUUCUUCAUGUGCCGUACUGACUAAUUAAAUAAUUUGUAUUUAUUUAUUUAUAAUGACUUAUAUUACCCGAAAUAUAUAUAUAUAUACAAAAUGUAAUACAUAUCUUAUUUUACCAUUAAACUUAGUGAUCUUUUUUAA